AAAAAAUCGUUGAACGAGUCAGACGCGAGUCGGAUGGUGUACACCACUCCCAACUCGUCACGCUACAUGCUCGAUUCAAAGUUCCUAUAAUAUUUAAGUCUAAAAAAAAUAAAUAAAUAAAACAGUACAAAAUUACUUACGUUUAAAUUAAUUAUCUACAAUACAAAAUCUACAACAUAAUCAAAAUCAACAAUAAAAAAACGCAACUAAAACACACAAAUUCAAACUGAACUGAGAUCCUUCUUACUUUAAUGGCAAUUCAAAUCGCAAAGGAAUAUCAAUGAGUACCAGGAACCGAACAAUUGGAUUAACAAUGCAAUUCUAAAACCAUCACAUAAGCUCAUAUAUUAUAUGAAAUCUCCCAUGCAACAGAAACAAUUAAGGCGCAACGAUUAAGGAUGAACUUGACUGUUUAGCACCAAUAAUGGUAACGACGGCUCUCCAAUGUCCAGUUCUGAUGUUGAAACGUUCAAUGGCAAAAUAGUUUACAAUCUCGAUGGCAGCGCCUUUAUUAUCGAUGCAGACAAUGCCACUGGGUCUGUGCCCACCGUCAGUUUAAGUUCCAAUCUAGCCACAUCCCAGACAUCCGGAGCAAAAAAACCAAGAAAGAGAUCAACCGAGUUUAAGGUGCAGGACCAAGACGCAGGUGAGCACCCCGAAGAAGAGCCAGAGGUAGAGGCAGAGGCAGAGGAGCGAGCAGACAAAUCCGAAUCCAGCAGUUUUGGCUUGAGCUGGAAAGGAUACAGAUCCGGUUCCCGUUCCGUUUCCGCCAACGCAACUGGGAAAUUAGCCGAUUCAAGUGAGAGCAGAGCAAGUCCAAAGAUACACUCAUUCCGUGUAGUUUCCGCGCAAGAUGCAAGCACAAAUUGCCCGGAUCCAAGCAGUGCAUUUCGUAUACAAAAACCAAUUUUGAUGUGCUUCAUAUGCAAACUGUCGUUUGGCAACGUCAAGUCCUUCAGCUUGCAUGCGAACACGGAACACAGACUCAACCUGCAGGAGCUAGAGCAGCAACUGCUGAAUCGCGAGUAUUCCAGUGCCAUCAUUCAGCGCAACAUGGAUGAAAAACCGCAGAUAUCGUUUCUUCAGCCCCUGGACGUUAAUCCCGCUAUUUGUGGGUCUGGUGAAGAAAUGCUUCAGCCCUCGGGGGAGAAGCUAUCUGGCGAUGUCGAUGCACAGGCACAUUUUCCGGCUGAUUUAGCCAGCACCAGUGAAGAACCCGAUCGAGAGCCGAGCCUGGACCUCGAGACGCAAACAGAGACGGGUGAGAAGCAAGAUAAAGAGCACGAUGACCUGGCAGCCGCAUCAGCAUUAUCGCCUAAAGUAGCAGUUAGCACUUCAACUGUGAAAUUUGGUUCCUUAAACUCAGUAACAGCAAAGACUAAUAACCUAUCAAAAGUAUCCUCAUCAACCACAUCGUCCAGCGUAUCUGCAACGACAGCCACACCCACAGCCACAACGGAAGCAUCCAAGGGCGAGACCUCAUCGUCUGCUGAGCUGGAGGACCCUAGUACUGAUAAUCUAAGUAGUGAUAAGUCAACCAAGGUUAGCCAAGGAGUAAAGUCCUCUACGAUAGAUGAUGUAAAAAGCCCCGCAGUGUCUGCUUCUAAUUCCGCCUCGCCGACCCAGCACCCUGAGGUCGUGGAUCCGGCCUUAAUAGCCGCCGAUUUCCUGCAACAGCAUCUGCAAUCUCUACAGCAGCAAGCAGCCAGCAUGUUCCCACCGAUGCACCCGCAGGCUCCAGCGCAAUCGCAGCUAAGUUCCUUUCACGCGUCCCUGGCAGCCCUUGCGGCCAACGAACAGAACGUCAAUGGAGUCAAGCUUCUCACCGAGUUUCUGCAGCAACAGUUGCAACAGCAACACUUACAGCAGCAACAACAGUCACAGCAGCAACAAUUACAACAGCACCCACUAUUCCCAGCCGUCUGCCCGGAUCAUCCGGAAAUAAAAGGAGUCGAUUGCAAGAGCUGCGAACUCCUAGACAUCCAGCAGCGCAUCAAAUCACCGCCACCAGCUUCGUCAGCAUCUCAACAAACAUCUCAGCAGCACUCGCAGCGGUCUCCCAGCAGUACAUCCAUGGCCAUUUCACCGAGCGCCUCCUCGGUGGCUAGCGUUGGAAAUCCGGCGAGCGGUACGUCCAGUUUCACGAUCGGUGCCUGCUCUGAGCACAUUAACGGAAGACCUCAAGGAGUUGAUUGUGCCCGUUGCGAAAUGCUACUGAACUCGGCUCGUCUCAAUAGUGGCGUACAGAUGUCCACACGAAACUCAUGCAAGACCCUCAAGUGCCCGCAGUGCAAUUGGCAUUACAAAUAUCAAGAGACCUUGGAAAUUCAUAUGCGCGAGAAGCAUCCGGAUGGUGAAAGUGCAUGUGGAUAUUGCCUAGCAGGCCAACAGCAUCCACGGCUGGCACGUGGCGAGUCCUAUUCCUGCGGAUACAAGCCAUACCGUUGCGAGAUAUGCAACUACUCCACUACCACAAAAGGGAAUCUCUCCAUCCAUAUGCAGUCAGACAAGCACUUGAACAACAUGCAGGAGCUGAAUAGUUCCCAAAACAUGGUGGCUGCUGCAGCGGCAGCGGCGAAUGCCAAAAUUCUACUGCCCACCCCGCCAACGCAAGGAGCUGGCGGCAGUGUCGGUGGUGUCUGCGGAAUGGGUUCGGUGGCCCCAUCCGGAGGAAACAAUGUUGCUAAUAGUGUGACCACCUCGUCUGUGGGAAAUCCACUGGGCUCUACCACGUCGGUAACAACAAAUGCGGCAGCCAACGCCAAGCCGAAGCCUUCGUUUCGCUGUGACAUCUGCAGCUACGAGACGUCGGUGGCACGCAAUCUACGUAUUCACAUGACCAGCGAGAAGCACACCCACAACAUGGCCGUGUUACAGAAUAACAUAAAGCACAUACAGGCAUUCAAUUUUUUGCAGCAGCAACAGCAGCAGCAGCAAGGCAAUGCGGGAGGUACCCCCAACACUACCAGCCCAGGCGGCAAUAACUUCCUGCCAGAGGUGGCCCUGGCCGAUCUGGCUUACAAUCAAGCUCUCAUGAUUCAACUGCUGCACCAGCAGCAGCAACAGCAGCAGCAUCUGCAGCCAUCGUCCAAUAGCAAAUUGUCGCCCACAUCCUCCUCGCCCGUCAGCACACCCGAGCAAUUCGCUUUCUCACCUAAGCCCCUCAAAAUGGCCCACGGAAUGGGCCCAAUGAUGGGAUCUGCAAUGGGUCUGGGAGUGGGCAUGGGCAUGCUGCAUCCCAGCGAGGCUGGGUCUGGCUCUGGAUCUGGAACUGGUGGCUCAUUAGAUGUGAUACAUCCCAUGAACAAACCGGAUGUUUGGCCCACAGCACUGUAUAGUUGCUUGAUCUGCGACUGCUUCAGUUCCAACAAUCUGGACGAUUUGAAUCAGCACCUGCUUGUGGAUCGUUCACGGCAAUCUUCGAACGCAUCCGAGGACAUUAUGGUCAUACAGAACAACAACUACAUUUGCAAGUUGUGCAACUACAAGACGAAUCUUAAAGCCAACUUCCAACUGCACAGCAAAACCGACAAGCAUCUACAGAAACUGAACUUCCUUAACCACAUUCGCGAGGGAGGUCCGGCUAACGAGUACAAGCUGCAGUAUCAACCGCAACUGGCUGCCAAUGUGGUUCAGCUGAAGUGCAACUGCUGCGACUUUCACACCAAUUCAAUACAGAAGCUGUCGUUGCACACCCAGCAAAUGCGCCAUGAUACGAUGCGUAUGAUCUUCCAGCAUCUGCUAUGCCUUGUCCAGCAAUCCUCCAUGUCCAAAGCCACAGCACCGGGUACAGAAGAGGAAUCUCAUUCUCAGUCCAUGCGUUCAUAUCCCUGCGAGGGUGACCAAUCGCAAGGCCAGUCAAAUGAGAAGGUCCUUAUUUGUCAGCUUUGCAAUUUUGCAGCUAAAAAUCUACACGAAAUGGUGCAGCAUGUGAAGGGAAUGAGGCACAUGCAAGUUGAACAGUUCAUUUGCCUGCAGCGUCGAACGGAAAACCUCGAAAUGCCGGGCCUCAAUGAGGUAUUCAAAAUCACGGAAAGGAUUCCUGGAAGCUCAGAAGAUUGCACCUUAGAGAGUGGCCUGAAUUUGGCCACAACAAUGGGGAAUGCGGCGGACAACCCAUUUGGAACGGGAGCUGGAUCAGCGGCUGGGGCUUCAGCUUCGGACGUCAAUGUGUUCUCACCAACAUCUGCUUCAAGCUGCUCGAACUCCUGCGGCAAGAACCAAGGACAACCACGCGAUAUGUCUCCAGGUGCCGCAGAUUUCAGUGUCGCCACCACGGUGUUUAAGUGCAAUCUCUGCGAUUAUUUCGUGCAAUCCAAAAAGGAGAUGGGAGUCCACUUGGAGUCUGUGCAUCCGCAAGCCGACGGCGAAGACUUCAUUAGCAUUCCCACGAACACAGCUGCCCUACAAGCUUUCCAGACAGCCGUUGCAGCCGCCGCCCUCGCAGCCGUACAGCGGUGCGGAGGUGCCAUCAGUAUUCCUUCCAACGAAGCGGUGAACGAGACGGACACCAUCGACAGAGAAUGUCCUGUAGAUAUUAAGCGCGAGCGGUUAGAGGAUGAGGAUGACCCCAUGACUGGUAUUCAGAAUAAUGCUUCCGAUAGAAAUGAAAACAAGUCAAUGGAUACAUUGACACCGAAACCGCCGACCCCAGAUCCAGAAAAGUCAGCAUCAACAGAGACUUCUUUGAUACCCCCGAUUUCGGGUGUUCAGUGUCCGCUGUGUCUCGAAAGUGGUUUCAGUGAGAAAUCAGUCCUGGAGGCCCAUUUGAUGAACGUGCACAGCGUAACCAGAGACGGCCUCGCCAGACUUCUCCAGCUGGUGGAUAGCAAGGCAUUGCGAGAAGAGUCACACGAAACCCAAUCGGACACAAAUAACGCUCAAACAGAACCUAAAGCUCCGCUUGCAGGCGAUGCCAGCAGCUCAAUUGCGGAUCUACCAACUACCGAUGAUCCUGAAUCGACGCCCAAUUCCGCCAUUUCUAUUGGAGUGCCAGUAAGCUCCAGCUCGAGCUCGGUUCCCUCUAGCUCCUCUACCGGCAUUCAAGGACUUUCGUGCAAACAGUGCGAGGCCAGCUUCAAGCACGAGGAGCAACUGUUGCAGCACGCUCAGCAAACACAUCAUUUUCCUCUGCAGAACGGCGAAUUUGCGUGCCUAGCCAUCAGCCACUCUAGCCGUCCCUGUUACAUGAGCUUCUCCGCAUUACCGGCUAUGAUCACCCACUUCAGAGACGCCCACAUGAGCUUAGUUAUCUCGGAACGACACGUAUACAAGUACCGGUGCAAGCAGUGCUCGCUGGCAUUCAAGACACAAGAGAAACUAACCACCCAUAUGAUGUACCACAGCAUGCGAGACGCCACUAAGUGUUCCCUGUGUCAGCGCAACUUUCGCAGCACGCAGGCCCUACAAAAGCACAUGGAGCAGACCCACAAUUCAGAGUGUUCAACUGCCACAAGCAACACCAGCCCACGGCCUCCGUCGCCAUCGCCUUCUCAUGAGAUGGACAAAGUGCCUGUUGAAUCACACGUUUUCGAAAUACGCGGCAGCGAUCCUGUAGCCAAAGCAAAUGAUAUAUGCAGGCGAUCACCGCUAAAGUUGGAAUCACAGCACGUAAAGGAAUCACAUCAGAUAUCUGCUCCAAUGUCGCCAUGCUCCCUCGGCCAUGAAGCAUCACAAGCACAACAGCAACAACAUUUUGCGGCCCUAACUGCAGCUCUACUAAAGCAGCAGCAGCAGCAGCAACAGUGCCAGCAAGAUAUUGUUGGAUUAUCGAAUGAAGCGAUUUCUGCGAUGGAUCUGCAGGUCCAGGCGCAAUCUCAGUCCCAGCACGGGGCUUUCGGACCCGGAUUGGGAACCGCUGGGAUUAAUCCUCAAUCGUUGCAGGGGCUGCAAAAUCUACAAAACCUACAGCAUAUGCAACAGCAGUUGAGCGCUGCUGCGGCUGCCUCGGGAAUGCCCAUCAACCCCGUGGAUAUGCUGAAUCUUAUGCAGUUUCAUCAUUUGAUGUCGCUGAAUUUUAUGAACUUGGCUCCACCUCUAAUCUUUGGUGGAAAUUCGGCUGGCAACACUUCGGCAUCCGGGUCUGGAGCUACAGGUCAAAACAAUGGCAUUCCCACAUCUUCUGUGGCGGCAGUGUCGGGCUCCGUUGAUCUCCCGCAGUCGGGCAAUACUGUUGUACCUGCUGGUGAAUCGGGUCCACCACAGGCCCAGCACAGUGGCAACAGCAAUGCUCAGCAGCUCAGUAGCAAUCAAAAGCGUGCACGCACUCGGAUCACAGAUGAUCAAUUGAAAAUCCUUCGGGCCCAUUUCGACAUAAACAAUUCACCCAGUGAGGAAAGCAUUAUGGAGAUGUCCCAAAAGGCGAAUCUACCGAUGAAGGUGGUGAAGCAUUGGUUCCGUAACACCUUGUUUAAGGAAAGACAACGUAACAAGGAUUCACCGUACAACUUCAAUAAUCCUCCAUCGACUACAUUAAAUUUGGAGGAGUAUGAGCGUACUGGUCAGGCCAAAGUAACGCCGUUAAACGACGUUGGAAGUGCGUCAAGCAGUGUUACCGCUAUUUCCACUGGCACACCAUCUUUGCCAGCAUCGACACCGACGACGACUGGCACUGCUCCCAAGAGCAAUCCGGCACCUGGCCCAUCCGCGUCACGUCCGGGCUCAACUAACUCCAGUGGCAACAUAUCCGACUAUUUGGCUAAUAAUUUAUGUUUCGGACAAUCCGGUGACAAGCAGGAUCCCGGUCUAGGCGGUUUGCCAUUUCCGUUGGAAGUACAAAUAAAAGCGGAGCCGCAGGACGAAAAUAUAGGAGCCAGCGAUUUUUCAUUCCAGAAGAAGCAACAACAGCAACCGCAACAACUACAACAACAGCAACAGCAGAAUCAGCAGCAAGCAUUUAAUUUUCUAAAACAGCAACAACAGGGUGACUCAUCAGAGCAUGGAACGAUGCUCCACGAUGCGGAAGGGUUCCAUGAACAGCCACUGUCAACAUCAGCCGCCGCAUCAGUGUCAUCUAUGUCGGGUAUCCAACACUUUCAGUGCCAGCAGCCAAUCCAGUCGAAUAACUUUGAAACGAAAUCGGAAAGUGGCAGCUCCGACGUUAUGUCACGACCGCCAACUCCCAAUAGCGUUGUGGCGAGUAAUCUGUAUGGCAGUAUGAACGAUUUGCUCAGCCAACAGCUGGACAGCAUGGGCAGCAAUAUGGGCCCACCCAAGAAACUACAGAUAUCGAGCAAGGUUUCAUCCGGUGGCUCUGUGUCGGUGGCAAUUGCAGGAUCGGCGUGCGCACAAUUUGAGAAUAAUUCAUCGAACUCAUCCAACUCUUCGUCGUCGACAUCAGGGGGCAAGCGGGCGAAUCGUACCCGUUUCACUGAUUACCAAAUCAAGGUGUUGCAGGAAUUUUUUGAGAACAACUCGUAUCCGAAAGACAGCGACUUGGAGUAUCUGAGCAAACUUCUGCUUCUGUCGCCCCGUGUGAUUGUCGUGUGGUUCCAGAAUGCCCGACAGAAACAGCGCAAAAUUUACGAAAACCAACCGAAUAACUCUCUGUACGAGAACGAAGAGGCAAAGAAACAGAACAUUAACUAUGCGUGCAAGAAGUGCAACCUGGUGUUCCAACGAUACUACGAGCUAAUCCGUCACCAAAAGAACCACUGCUUCAAAGAGGAGAACAACAAGAAAUCAGCCAAGGCCCAAAUCGCGGCCGCUCAAAUUGCCCAGAACCUCAGUUCCGAGGACUCAAACUCGUCCAUGGAUAUACAUCAUGCUGCAGCAGCUGCCGCUGCCGUCAGCUUGGGUACUGGUUCCACGGUGAUCUCUGCAGGGUCCCAACAAACGCCACAUGGCUCGCAAACUUUUGGAGCCUCGCCGUCGCCGCAGCAUUUAUUUAGCAAAUCGUCGUCACUCACCGAUUUCAGCCCAUCGACAACUCCCACGCCGCCGCAUCGGGAGCGUAGCAACAGCUUGGACCAUCAGCAGCAUCAGCAGCAGCAACAGCAGCAACGUCUUGGCAAGUUUGAAUGUGAUAAGUGCGACUUGCAAUUCAGCCAUUUAGAACCACUACGCGAACAUCAAUUGAUGCACCUAAUGAAUCCUGGCCUAUUUGGUUCGGGUGGCGGCGCUGCUAGUCAAGAUGCAUCUUAUGGCCCCUUUGGCAGUAUUUUGCAGAGCCUACAGCAGGCCGCACAGCAUCAGCAACAACAACAACAGCAGCAGCAACAACAACAACAGCAGCAGCAACAACAACAACAGCCCCCGCCGGCAAAGAAACGAAAAUAUUCGGACAACUCCUCCAAUCCGGAUGAUGCCACUUCCGUGGGUGAGCUCGAGACAGCCCAAAAAAAGUACGAUUUUCUAUAUCAAUAUUUCAUGCAACACGAAUCGAAUGCUGAGUUGAAGCAACAGUUCCUCAUGCAACAGCAUCCUCAGGGAGCCGAGUCGGACUUCGAGCUGGAGUUCCUGAGCAAUUUCUAUCAACAGAGUGAACUGAAAAAGGUCAGCAACUAUGAUUUUUUAUUUCAAUAUUAUCGCAAAAAUGAGGAAACUGUUAAUGCGAAGCAGCCACAGCAAUUGUUUAGCUCCAGCAAGAAGCCAACGAUCGAGUUUCUCCUCCAGUACUAUCAACUCAACGAGUCGAAAAAGUUUUUUCAGUUAGUUGCCUCGCCCCCAGCAAUACCUGAUGGCUCAGGCUUUCAACCGUCGCCGCAGCUGCCGAACGCGACGGCGGAUGAAGCCAUGAAUGUGGUCGGCAACCAGGAGCUGGAAACGGGACAGGAUGAGGACGGGGAGCAGAUGCUUCAAAAUCAUUCAGAGCAGGAGCGGGAGCCAAGCUGCGAUGGAAACAGCAAAGACAACUUGGACAAAAACAGUCAAGAGCGGCUUAACAAUAACAACAUCAGCCUGAGCUUAAGCGAAAAGCAUCACUUUGACGGAUUCCGAUGCGUCUCGGGACAGUCGCUGGAAAAGCCCGUGAUCCCAAUAUCGAUGUCGGCCAGCGAUGACGAAAAGGAUCGUCAGCGAGUCCAAAAGGCGGAUGAUAAAUCGCAAUACUUGCAGAAUCUCGAGGACUUUCUCGACGCCAGCAUGAUCGAGAAUAACUCGCAAACGCUUACAUUCAACGACGACGACAAUGCCAGCCAAAGGGGAGAUGUGCUCCCUGUCGCCGCCGUGGCGGCAACUGCCGCUAAGAGCAAUACUAACGACGUAGAAAAAUCGUCCCUGGACUCCUCUGGUACCCAGCAACUGAAUGCUCCAUCGAAACAAAACAAACGUUUGCGCACAACCAUUCUGCCAGAGCAAUUGAACUUCUUGUAUGAAUGCUAUCAAACGGAGUCGAAUCCUAGUCGCAAAAUGCUUGAAGAAAUUUCAAAGAAAGUGAACCUCAAGAAACGAGUUGUCCAGGUCUGGUUCCAGAACUCACGUGCCAAAGACAAAAAAUCGCGCAAUCAACGCCAAUAUGCGCAUAUUUCAGAUGAAAACAGCUUUGACGGUUCCGCCGGCAGCAAGGAGCCAAGCCUCAAAGGCAAGUCCCUAUCAUUCGUGCAGGACCAUGACGCCUCCGAUCUGCAGGACUGCCAACUGUGCCAGGUGUCGCAGGUCAACAUGCAAAAGCAUGCCUUCAGUGUGGAGCACAUAUGUAAGAUGAAGGAGCUGCUCGAACAGACCAGCGAGCUGUACGCCAACAGUGGCAGUGGCAGUGGCAGCGACGACAAUGAUUCUGACCGGGAGAAGCGCUUUUACAGCCUGUCCAAGGCUCUUCUGCUACAACACGUCGUCUCGAAUGCGGCUAGUGCGGCUGCCGCCGGAAAUGGCCUUGGCAACAAUGCGGAUUGUAUGCCCGAUGCCAAUUGCCUGCUGGCUUUCGAUCAGGCUGCUGGUGAUCGAAAGGGCCAAGUUCAGCGAGGCAACAAAGAUGAGGACGACGAAGAGGUUGCGGAGGCCAUUCAGAAUGCCGGAGGCAAUCGCGAACUUAUGCAACAGUUAUUUAACCGUAAUCAUAUCACCGUUAUAGGUGGCAAAUAAUUCUGUCGCGACCCAAUACCUGGAAACUGUCAUCAUUCAUUGGAUUAGACGUAAGUUUCAAUCCACAUAUAAGAAAAUAACAAUAAAAUGCAUCGACCGAAUCGACAUUUGUAAGACAAACCUGACGAGAAAUUUAAGGCGGAUGAGGAGGAAGAUAUUUUUGGCACAGGCAAAUGAAUCAUCAUCUGCGCUCGAAUAUUUAUAAUCAUACUAAGAAAACAUAAAAGUUCCUAUUUUACAAAAUCAGAAUUGAUCAAAUUGAUAAAAUUUGCGUACACGCACACAUACUAUAGUGCGUCUAAGAGAUCUGAUCAAAACUAAAAAAAAAAACAAAAAAAAAGCAAAUUGCAAAUGAUACGGAAGUGUUCCUAACUAUUCAAAAUAUAUGUAGCAAUAAUCGAACGGUAUAUAAAGCAUAUGAAUCCUUCGGACCAGGGGAUUCACAACUAGAUGUAAGAUUGUAAGGAGAAUGGCAGCUACCAUAAUAUAAAUAUCUAUAUACAUAUAUUAACGCAUUAGAUUUAGAGAGAAGCAAACUGAGUUCCUAGCAUUUGAUUGCUUUAUGCCUUUGUUUUCUAUUUAAGAAUGUAAUUAAAAAACGAAAAUCGUAACCAAACCCAAACCGAAAAUCUAAGAUCCGAGUACAGAGUCUAAUUGUAAGUGAAAUGAAAUCUGCUCGGCUUGCCAAUGUCUGAACAACGGCGUUCAAAAAUGAAUACAAAAUUUUUUUGAAAUUUCCCUUCUGACAUAAACACACCGAUAUUUCACAUUAUACGAUCACAUCUCAUUAGUCGGUUACUUCCAAAAUUCAAACUAUAAACUCAUUUAAAGUUCGAUUGCCGAGACCUAAAUGUGCACUUUUUCGGAAUAUGUGCCCGAAGAACAGAAUCGAAAGAAAAUAAAGAGAAUUCAAAACAAAGAGAAAGAUACAUAUAUAUAUAUAUAUCCAAAAAUGUGCCAAUGGUUUACUUUGCGAUGCAUACAUCCUAUAUCCUAUAAUUACAUCACAUUGCAUUUGCAUUCACCCUAGUAUCGUCAGAAUACUACUUCUUCAAAUCAAACGAAUUCCAAGUUCCUAACUAAAGACAUUGCAUGUUAAUUUUCCUUUGUGCUCAUUCUGGAAAAAAUGAAUAUA